UUCUUCAGUAGUUCCCCUGUCCGGUUGUUCCGGACCCUUGCAGGUUUCGCGCUUCUUCCCACUUCCACCUCUCUCUCUCUCUCUCUCUCUCUCUCUCUCGUGUGGGUGUUUGUGUUUGUGUGCGGGUAGGUGAAAAUGGAAGCUAUUGAAGAAGACGAUGGAAAUUUGAAGGCAACCAAUUUCGAUGAAGACGAAGCUCGAAAACGCACAUUCUCAGAGCUAAAAACCUAUAAUCUAGACCUACUAGACCUCCUCCAAAACCCUAAGAAAAAACCUUCCUCUCUCCCUCAACUCCAUCGUUUCCUCUCCCGGUCGUCGCCCCACACUCUCCAGCCAUUCUUCGACUAUACAUUGUUUCCAUUGCUGCUUCUGUUGGAUGCCGCAGUUAAUUGCAGAUCUCCACCAAAGGUUGAGGGAUCUGUGAUGGUUGAUAUCCCAAAAGUGCCGCAUAAGGUCAGUGAUGUUGCAGCUGAAGGUGUGCUUCGGUGUUUGGAGGAACUUCUGAAGAAGUGUCAUUUAGGCUCUGUGGAUCAGAUGGUUGUAAUUUUGAAAAAAUUGACGUAUGCAGCAAUGCUUUCUCCAUCCGAGGCUUCAGAAGAGUUUCGUGAGGGAGUAUUACGGUGUUUCAGGGCAGUGCUUCUUUGUUUACAUUUGUGCCCUAACAAGUCUUGUUCAUGUAAACAAGUUAACGGCAUGCCUGCACUUUUAGAUGGAAGAGAUAUGCACUCUAUACUUCCAAAGGAUGCCUCAGAAACUGAAGAAUGCCUGCUUGCAUUUCUCCAUUCUCAAACUGCUUCUGCUGCUGUUGGCCACUGGCUAUCACUUCUCCUCAAAGCUGCAGAUAUUGAGGCUGGACGAGGACAUCGAGGGAGUGCAAAGGUCCGUGUAGAAGCCUUUUUUACACUUCGCAUGCUUGUUGCUAAGGUUGGUACUGCUGAUGCCCUAGCUUUCUUUUUACCAGGUGUUGUUAGUCAAUUUGCCAAAGUGUUGCAUGUCUCAAAAACUAUGAUUAGUGGGGCUGCUGGAAGUGUUGAAGCCAUUGACCAAGCAAUUAGAGGCUUAGCUGAGUUCCUUAUGUUAGUUCUCGAAGAUGAUGCUAAUAUAUCUGGUCUUGGUAUGUCUGUGAAUGCAAGUACUGGAUUUCAUUCAAACACGAAUGAUUCUGCAAUAUCAUUUCUGGAGCAACUCCGUCAAUUGCCUGUUAAAAGUCAAGAUCAGAGUGUAAUGGUUGUGGAAAAUCCAAGUGAAGCAGUACGCACAGAUACUCCAAAAUUCGGGUUGAAAGAAAAGGGGAGUGUUAAUUCUGGCAAUGUGAUUGGAUCUUUUCAUGUGAGCCGUACAAAAGAUUGGAUUAUUAAAACUUCAGCUCACGUGAAUAAACUAUUGUCUGCGACUUUUCCACAUCUUUGUGUUCAUUCAGCGAAAAAAGUGAGACAAGGAGUUUUGGCCGCCAUUCGAGGAUUGUUAUCAAAAUGCAGUUAUACACUGAAGGAUAGCAGACUGAUGCUAUUGGAAUGCUUGUGUGUUUUGGUUUGUGAUGACUCUGAAGAGGUGUCUUCAACUGCACAGAUUUUCCUUAGAUCUCUGUUCUCAUCAAACAAGAAACAUCAUGUUCAAUGUGACUUUGCUGAAAUCUUUAGCAGGUCAAUUGAAAAGCUCCCAAAAGUGGUGCUGGGAAGUGAGGAUUCUCUUGCAGUGUCUGAAGUUCAGAAAUUACUAGUAGUUAUUUAUUUCUCCGGUCCUCAACUUGUGGUGGAUCAUCUCCUUCAGUCUCCUGUGACAACAGCUAGAUUCUUGGAUGUUUUUGCCCUCUGCUUCAGUCAGAAUUCAGCAUUUGCUGGUUCUCUGGACAAAAUUAUUUCAGCAAGGUCAUCCUCAGCGGGAUACCUUCACUCCAUAACUGAGAUGAGAGCUAGCAUCUUUACCAAUGAGAAUAAGGCUGGCACAGAUGCUACUCCCUCAGAAGUCUCAAAGUUCUCUUGUACCCAGAGCAAAAAAGCAUUAUGCCCGCUGGAAAACGUUCACAAGGAAUACGAGCUUCCGCGCAUGCCACCUUGGUUUGUUAAUGUGGGCAGUCAGAAACUAUACCUCGCUCUCGCUGGAAUUCUUAGACUUGUAGGUUUAUCUCUAAUGGCAGAUUGUAGAAGUGAACGGUCUUUGUCAAUUGUCACUGAUGUUCCACUGAGCUACGUACGGAAAUUGGUUUCUGAGGUCAGGUUGAAAGAGAAUAGUAAAGAAAGCUGGCAAUCUUGGUAUCAUAGAACCGGCUCGGGACAGUUAUUGCGGCAGGCUUGUACUGCUGUAUGUCUUCUAAAUGAGAUACUUUUUGGUAUAUCAGAUAAAUUAGUUGAUUCUUUUGCAUUGAUGUUUGACGAGUUUGGGUUAAGAUGGGAGGAUACAGAGGGAUGUGGGGGAGGAUCUGAUAAUGUUGAGCCUCCCCAUUCUGUGCCUUAUGCAUCCAUUUGGAAGAUUUCUGAGGAGAAGCGUGCAAAGAGUCACUUGAUUGAUAGCAUUGGUAGUAUUUUACACGAAUACCUAUCUCCUGAACUUUGGAGUCUCCCUUUAGAUCAUAAAUCUUCUUUUGAGCAGCCUGACGGUGAAGAAGAUAUAACUUUGCACUUCUUCCAUGAUGCUGCUCUGCUCUACCAGGUUAUCAUCGAGGGGAUUGGCAUAUUUAGUAUGUGCCUCGGGGAAACUUUUGCUUCUUGUGGAUUUCUUCAUUCAUCUCUUUAUGUGUUGCUUGAGAAUCUAAUUUGCUCAAACUUCCAAAUAAGAAGUGCAUCUGAUGCUGUCUUACAUGUCGUUUCUUCUACAUGUGGUUAUCCAACGGUUGGGCACUUAGUUUUGGCAAAUUCAGACUAUGUCAUUGAUUCAAUAUGCCGUCAGUUACGUCAUUUGGAUCUUAAUUCUCAUGUACCCAACGUGCUCGCUGCCAUGCUUUCUUAUAUUGGAUUGGCUCAUAAAAUAUUGCCCUUAUUGGAGGAACCGAUGCGUUCUGUUUCGCUGGAACUUGAGAUUCUUGGCCGUCAUCAGCACCCCGAUUUAACUGUUCCCUUUUUGAAGGCUGUUGCUGAAAUUACAAAGGCUUCAAACCGAGAAGCAUGCUCGCUUCUCCCUCAAGCAGUGUCACUUUUUGAAGAUGUUAAAUCAAAAAUGUCUGAUGUUGAAAAGAAGACCAUGAAGGGUUCAGUUUGUUCAGAAUCACGCCAUGACAUUGAUAUUGAUGUCUCUCCCAUGGAAUCAGAAGAUGGUGGUGUGUGCUUUGAUGGUGUUGCUACACCCAUAGAGCAAUGGGAGAGUUUUUUGUUCAGUUUGAAUGAUUCCAGAAGAUAUAGAAGAACAGUUGGAUCUAUUGCUGGUUCAUGUUUACUGGCUGCAACGCCGCUGCUCACUUCACUGAACCAAGCAGCAUGCUUGAUAUCCCUGGAUAUAGUCAAGGAUGGCAUUUUGGCACUUGCCAAAGUGGAAGAAGCAUUCAAGCAGGAGAGGGAGACUAAAGAAGCAGUUAAACAAGUGUGCAAAUUGUGUUCGUUUCAUAGUCUUAGUGAUACUUUGGAUGCUUUUGACGAUGAAACUGAUGAAAAUAGGUUGCUUCCGGCAAUGAAUAAAAUAUGGCCUUUCUUGGUUGCUUGUAUACGAAAUAAGAACCCACUGGCUGUCAGGAAAUGUGCAUGCGUGAUAAGCAACGUUGUGCAAAUCUGUGGAGGGGAUUUCUUUUCUCGUCGGUUUUAUACAGAUGGACCCCACUUCUGGAAGCUUCUGAGCACCUCGCCUUUUCAGACUAAACCCAUCUCAAAACAAGAAAGAACCCCCUUGCAACUUCCUUACAGAAGUACUUCAAUCUCUUCAGAGGUCUCAGUGGCGGAGGUUUCAAACCUAAAAGUCCAGGCAGCAGUGCUCAACAUGAUUGCUGAUUUAUCCAGAGAUAAAAGGAGCGCUUCAGCGUUGGAAGCAGUACUAAAAAAGGUGAGUGGAAUUGUUGUGGGGAUAGCAUACAGUGGCGUUCUUGGGCUUCGCGAGGCAUCUGUGAAUGCCCUUGUGGGGCUCGCGUCCAUCGAUUCUGAUCUCAUUUGGCUUCUCUUGGCUGAUGUCUAUUACUCGAAGAAGAGAGACAUGCCUUCACCGCCCACCUCUGAUUUACCAGAAGUCUCUCAAACGUUGACCCCACCCUCUUCUCCUAAAGGUUAUCUUUACGCUCAAUAUGGAGGGCAGAGUUACGGUUUUGAUAUUGAUUUUUCUUCCGUGGAGACGGUUUUCAAGAUAUUGCAUUCCCGGGUUUUUACUUCACAAGUGUACAGUUAAGUGUUUUAUGUAUGUAUUUGGUGCACAUUUAGACUUGUAAAGAGGGAAAAGAUAACUGUAGUGGUAAGAGUGUCAUCUGUAGAAUUAGGUGUGUUGCACUUCAUUAGUUAUUUAGGGUAUAUCAGCUAGAGCACCAUUGCACUUCAUUAGUUAUUUGGGGUAUAUCAGCUAGAGCACCAUAGGUUUUUGUAUAUACUACAGGAAACAACGUGAACAAGCUUUUUCAGAGGCAAAAUUGGAUCAAAUGAUGUUUCUAUUACCUGGAA